AGAAAGUUUUCCGUGCUGGGAUGGAACUGAUGACCCUCCGCUAGCAGAGAGGAGAGGAGGGCCGAGCCUGGAGCUGCCGGGGGAACUUGAAGCUUGCAGGGGGAGGAGGAGAAGAAGGAGGAUUGAUAAAAGAAGAGCGGCUGUCGGUGCGCAGCGCAAUCCACUCCAGCAGCGAGUUGAGCAGCGCGCUUUACUGUGAGUCAGGAGGAGCGCAGAGACCGUAACACAGAGGAGUCCGAACCCGGGGUCACAGCUACACUCUUAUCUACCCCUGUUAGUUCAUUUUUUUUCUUGUUCAAGUCAGAUCAGCUGUUUGAAAGUUUCCUCCGAGCUGGAACUUUGCUUUGGCACCGCUUGAACACCGAGGCAGAGCCGGUGUGGGAUUUAGAGCCGGACCGGGACUCCUCUGAUGCGAAAGCACAUGUAUGAGAAAACGAUGGCCCAGGAGACCAGGAACGGAGGAACCUCCACCUUAAACAACAACAACGGCGUGAACAACAGCAAAAGAAAGGUGCUGAUCGUGCUGGACAUCUUCUGCCUGCUGCUCGGUAAGGCUCUGCAAACUUACUAUGAGUACUUUACUGUCUGUUUUUACCCUCACUCCAGCUGAGUCACAAACUUUAAACUCUGCUGUCCCGCUCUGAUCUUUAAAAAAAUGAAUUUCUUUAAUGCUCACAGAGAGGGGCUGAAGGAGAAACCGCGCUUUUUGAUGGCUGGCAAUAAUACACAUUAUCUUUGAGGUUUAACUGUUAUCUUGAACCACAAGACGUCUUCAUCUGCAGCAUCCCCUUAUCGUGCAUUCACACAGCAGACUGAGGACAACACCACACGCAGCAGGCUGUCACACACACAAACACACUGUCAGACUAAUACUGAACUCAUAGUUUAUUGAUGGUAAAGAAAAGACCCCACAUGAGAGUUUGAUUUGUUUUCACAUGAGAACUUUAAGGUUCAAAGUUUAUUCAUUAAAGGGCAAAACUGUCGUAGAGUUACAGGAUGAAGCAUGACAGCUGCAGAAAACUGUAGAAAAGGCUCAGAUAACUAAUAACAGAUAAAAAAAUAAGACAAUUCUUCAUUUAAGUAAAGCUUAAUCUCUCUUCAGUGACACAUACUGAGUGUGUUACCAAAGGUUGCAACUGGUGUCUUCACUUUAUAAAAAGCUAGAACAGAGUCCCAGAGCAUCGCUGCCCUCACAGUGCCAUAGUGCAACCUGCCCUUUAAAUAGCCGCUCACCCCCCUCCCUGUAUAUAUAUGACCCUAAAACUGAGCGGUGCCCCUCGUGCUGCCCAGCAGGUCACUGUGACGGAGAGGAAAUCAGAUAGUUGUCUUUACUGUAUGGAUCACUGUUGGUUUGUGUGCCCUGAUUCACUCCCGCAGGCAGCGUGUGUGUGUGUGUGUGUGAUGUAAGGUUUGAGUUGUUAUUCUGCAGGCGUCCUGUCCUCAUUCACACUCAUUCUCUCAGUGUGUGUGUGCGUGUUUUUGUGUGUGUGGGUUUUGUUUUUGGCUGUUGUCACUGUAGCUCGAUCCUUUUUCUUUCCAGCUCCCUUGCCCCCCUCCUUCUCUCUCUCUUUCUCUGCUUUCUCUCUGUAGAAGAGGAUUAUGGGAGUAACUUCUCUUCACAUUCUCUCCCAGAAACCUGCAGAUCCCGGGCCAGCUGCCCCUGAUCACUCUCUCUCCUUCCCUCUCUCUCUCUCUCACUCUCUGUUUCUUUCUGUCUCGGCUCCCUCUGUGUAGGGGACUGUGGGGAAUAAUUGCUUAAGCAUGUGUUGUUGAAGGGGAAUGUCCCUGCGCUCUAACAGAGGAGGACUGAGAGGAGGGUCGCGUGGCUGAGGGGCUUCAGAUUCAGUCAAGCAGGUGGGAGCAGAUUCAUACCGAGAGGCCUGAAGACCAGAAACUAAACCCACUGAAACAGCAAACAGGAACAGGCUGUUAUUACUCAGGAUGCUACGAAUGGUGCACAUUAACUCCAAAGACAUACACACACAAGUUUUCCACUGCUCAGUUUUUAUUGUUGAACUUAUUAAGAAACCUCAAACACAAGAGCACUGUUUCAUCUCCAACCAAACUCAUGCAGAUGAGCUCUGAGGACAUGUGGAGAGAAUUUCCUGCUAAAACCAACUUCCGACUCUGGUAAAAACUCUGCAGGAGAACACACAUGUUUAAUACUUUGUGAGGACAACUAUAGUAUUGUUAAUCGUGUGAGUGAACACCACCAUCACUGGCUGAGAAGUUGGUUGUUUUAAAUUUUUUGAAUGCAUGGAAAAGCCUGUUUUUUUUCUGAGCUCAAGUGCAGUUUGCAAACAAACACAGAUGACAGAUGACGUCAGGUUUUGGUUCUACAGUAUUUUGUUGUGGAAAAUAGAGCCAAAGUUGCACAUGGGCUGUGUCAGGUUAGCCCAGCCGAAGCGUUACGUGAACGUUGCUGUGAAAGAAGGACUAUCAGCCAAAUGUCAGUUAUCGAUAAUUGGUCAAGGCUGAUAAUCUGCCUGCAAACCUGUUGACAUCUCUUGCCCACAGACAUUUUUUGUUUUCUUUCUUACUCUACGUUUAUUAUUACCCCUAGACCACAUUGACAGAUUUCAUGCUGUAACUGCUGACCAAACCUUACUGUCAGCUCACCAGCUCACCUAUCAUGAGGCAAGGAGGUUGGGUUGGGGUGGGCCUUUAGCCUCUUUGCUAACAGCCAAAGCGCACCCACCUGUCAGGGUGCACAUGUGGUUUUUGGUACCUCUGCAGCCUGCCUUUGGAAGGCAAAAGCACUGCAGUUUUUUGGACUUUGCUUUGGGUUUAAUUUUUUAAACUCAUUGUCAUUUGCUUCAGACUAGUUGCCCAAAUGAAAUUCAAAUAUUCACCUAAGCCUCCAAAAAAUUAGUCGCUUUAGAGCUUCAGAGAAGUUGAAUUAUUACCUUAAAAUACAGAGUUGUAGUAAUGGUUUAGAGGAGCACAGCUGAAUGUUUCAUUUGUGUAAGAGAAAGUAAAGUGCAUUAAUGUCCCCAAAGGCAAGGUUGUCUGCUGAUAGCUGGUCCCAAGAAGUACACAAAGACAAGCUCAAACGCACACACUUACACUAACAAGUGGCCACAGAUUUUCUUUUGUCAUGCUAAACACAAUCUGCCCGCUCAGAGAUGAUUGGUUGCCCCACUUUAGUGAUCGGGGGAGGGGAGACAGCAGGAUGGGGGCACUUUAGGGGGAGGAGAAGGGAGGGUGAGGGGGUUAAAAUGGAGAAGAAGAAAGGCAGGGAGAAAGGGGGCGAGGCCCUGAAUGAGAGUGAGGAAUGUGUGUGUGUCCUCACUGAGUUUAAAGGUGAUGAAGACCAAACUGCUGGUUAAUACACACAUGUCUCAUUACGUUUAAUUAGUUUAUGUCUGCCAGCUGAUGCUGCACACACACACACACACACAUUUGCAUUUACACACAAACACAUUCCCUGAGGUGAUGUCUGUGAUUGUGUUUGCAUAGAGGACAUCUGAGGCCUUCCUUAAACACACUCAUGUGGACAAACUCAUAAAGAGAUUCCUCCUCAUGUUGUUUCUACUAAAUAAGACUAAUGAUGCAGAAACACUGCAGGGUCUGAAUCUGAUGAACACACACACACACACACACACGUAUACUCACACACAGGCAGCAGAGGUCCAGCUGAGGACAGGAAUCAUCAGCUGAUUUUUGUUUUGGCUCGAGUUUCUCGCUCCCUUUGCAGCCAAGUUGGUUUAGUGAGCCUAUAAGAAGACACACACAGAGCAUAUACACUUUCUAUAAAUACUGAGUCCACCACAGACUGCAGAACCUCAUUCUUCCCCCUUUUCUGUCUCACAUACUAAAAAAACACUCCCCCUGAGUAUAACCUGGGAUUUGAUUGUGAAAGAACUUCGAGGAAACCGUGGCCUCACUCUAAAAGCAGCCUCACUGAAACCACAAUUAAGUUUUACUCAUUGUAAAGGAGACACUGCAUGUCGAGUCGAGCAGAGUUGAGUAGUGCUAAAACGGUGUAAUGGAAAAGCAGCAUAAGUGAACCAGCCGAAAGUAUAUGAUUUCUGCAUGUAUUAAUGCAGCUGGAGAGCCUGAAAUCUUCUGCUGGAUGUUGUAAAAUGAUCAGCUUGAUACCUACCUAGACUCAAAUCAUUUUAGUCCGUCAGAGGUAUAUUUUCCUGCUCUGGGACCCGCUCAGCUGCUCUGUGAUGUCAUAUUCCUGCAGCUAAAAAACGCUCUGACUGUUUUUAGCAGCAGAGACGCCGCGUGUGACCUUUCAGCCCAAGGAAAUCAGCUUCAUAUACCCCGCAGCUCUAACCUGUUCUGUACCCUCCCUCUUAUAUUACAGCUGUCUGUGUGUCUGUCUGUCACACAGCGCUCAUUAAAGCUGCAGGUUUAACCUCUCGCUCUCUAGACCUCAGCCACUUCAAUCCUCCACCGCUGCUGCACAAAUAUUUUCCAGAAUUUCUCAGAUUCUUCAUCUGCUGCUGCUGCAGCCGCGGCCUCACACUCUUCAUCUGACAUCUGGUGUAAUUUUGGAGCAAGUGAACCAGAGGGCAAGAGUGUGUGUGUGUGUGUGUAUAAGAGAGAGAGAGAGAGAGAUUAGUGUGUGUGUGUGCAGAGCGGUGUUCAGGAAAGGGUGGGAAACGGAAAGGUAGUGUCGGUCGGAGGUAGGUGUGGUUGUGAAAUGAAAUCCUGUCUCCUUUUUUCUGCCUCACAGCCCAUUUCCAUCCUCUCCCCCUUUCCUUCCCCCACCCCUCCCCCUCUCCUCUUGAGUCCCCUCCCCCCCCCCCCCCCCCUUAUCGUCCGGCUUUGACGUUAAAGAGAGAAACAGUGACAUAAGGUGAGAGGAACAGACACUGAGAGGCUGUAAAAACCUGCAGAGUUUAGAACCAGCGAGAGAGAAAGGAGUGCUGUUUGUGUCUGGAAGUAAACUGUAAUCAAAGCUGGUGGGAGGCCCUCACACACACACACACCCGCACGCACGAACACACACAGAAAGCAGCAGUCCUGAGCUUAAUCUGAGGGUAAAUAUUGUCUGUUUCUGUUUCAGAGCAGGAGUGCGCUGACAGAGAUGUGUAAAAGUUCAGAGGUUUCAUACUGACAUCGACAUUUAGCUAUAGAUAUCAGAUAUAGAUAUAGAUCUGACUCAACUCUGCGGUUUUAUCAUUCUAAUGUGAGCCAAGCGGAGAAAAAAACCCUGUAAAUUGACUGACAUCUUCAAUAAACAGCCUGAUCAAGCCUGAGUAGUCAAACAGUUCAAAUCAAUCACUUUUCAAUGGGGCCCUCUAUGAACCAGAUGUACGUCUCAAGAGUUUUCAACCUGAAUCCCAGAUGUUGCACAGUGUCUUUAUUUUGGUUCACUGAUCUGAUUUAGUUUGUUGACUUUUUGGUGUUUUUAACUCUCAAACCUCAUUUCCCAGAGUAAAUACCUGUUUAAGCUCAGUCCGGUUCAUGCUGAGGUCAGAUUCUAUAAUCUCUCUGACUGACACCAUGUUUGCUGUGUCAGACCGGACAAUCACAGAGACAUACGUUCCUGCUGUGACUUUACCAACAGGCAUGACAGUCAACAUGUUGAUACUUGACCAGUCAUCAUGUCCAAUAAGCUGAUAUUUGAAGGAGGGAGGUGGGGCGAGACAACACCUGGAGAUUGUAACUGCAGUGUGUCGGCAAUCAUGCCUCUACUGCUGAAUUGACGUUUUGUUUGUUUACACUCCUGAAUUUUGCACAUGCAGAGCGCUCUGUGCUGGUGAACAUUACUGAUUUGACAGAAAAGUCUGUAGAUACAUUAUCUGUAUGAUAUCAGUAUCAGUAGAUAUGAACAUUUCAGGUAAGAAAAUUGCAUUUAUUUUUGUCCAUAUUUCAGGAUUACUGUGACACUUGUGUGACUUGUACUGAGUAGAACUAGGGAUACACAACAUUAUCGGCUUGAUGUUAGAGUCAGCAGAUAAUAGUCUCAAUAUUUGAUUAUUGGUAUCAGUAGAGAUGAAAAGCUGUGAUUACAACCUUGGGACUGGACAAAAUUGUUUAGAGGAUAUUAGAAUAUCUGCAGAAAUUCAAUAUCAUAAAGCAUAUAUCCAGACCUCAGCAUCAGAGGAAAUGAGGAGACAAGCAGAUAUCCAGAGUUUUUUUAAACUGAUAUAAGAUAUGUCUCACAAACAGUAACUUUUGGCUCUGUCUGUGGUAACGACAGAAACUAACAGAGACUCUGCUCUGUCUGUAGCUCAUGUCAUCUAUUCUUAAGCUGCUUUGUUUUCAUUUCAAGUAUUUAGAAACUGUUGGACAGCCUUACAGUGAGAUCAGAUGUUUCAAUCGUCUGUAUUUUUCCACAUCCUGAAAGCUGCAGGAGUUCCGAGUCAGCCUGUUCUCCUGUUUGUCCCCAGAGGUCAAAGUUCAGACAGAAAAUAGACUCUUAUAGGAUGCCUGCAUGCAGAGGUCUCUGUGUGACAUUUCCUGCUCACACACACUCAGGAGGAUACAGUCUGUACAGUCUUAGAUCCUUUUUGUUCAGCAGAUAAUUUAUGAUUUUCCACUCCGCGUGCGUAAGUGUGUGUUAUCUAAGACUUCAGAUGGAGGGGCUUGAGUUUGGCAUUGUGAGUGUGUUUUAUUGCAGUUUGUGUUGAUGUGGAGCUACAGAAUGAGGUGUUGUGUGUCCUCAGAGACGCGUCUAUCAGGUAAAUCAUCAAAUCAGCUGAUCAUCAUGACGUCAGUGUGAAGAUGAGGCUGCUACACCAGGAAUACGUGUGUGUGCGUUUGUCAAAUAGUUUAAUAUCACUCAGUUAUUGGACAGACUGUAUGCCCUGCAGGGAGCUAAAGUGUGUGGAUGUGUUUGGAUGCAUGUGUGAGGCCUCUGCAGCUGGUUGUGUAUGUUGAGUGUAUUGUUUUUCUGUUUCUUCUUUGGGUUUGGGUGUGGUUCUUGACUAGCUUUUGUUAUUGUAUCUGUUUUCUCAUAAUCAUAAAGCAGACUCAACCUCCUUCCUGUAAGAACAGACAGCAGAGAUGAAGCAGUGAUAAGGUAGAAAUAAAGCAGAGAUGAAGAAGAAGUGAAGAAGAGAUGAUGAAGAGGAGAUGAAGCAGAGACAAAGAGGGGAUGAAGAGGAGAUGAAGCAGAGAUGAACAAUGAUCUGUUUGCAGUGACUCUGACUGUUUUCUGUGGUUAUCUCUCUGCUCACAAACUGCUCAUUUAGAUAAACCCAGAUUAUGACCCGACCAUAAACUGCUGUUAGCGCUCCUGUUUUAAAGUCCUGUUGAAGUUUUUCAGCUUAUAAACGCUUGAAAUGAUGGUGAAUUGCUGUUUUGGUCUGUAUGAGAAGCUCUUUCUGCUCCACAGGCUGCAGAUCUGAUUAUCCUCCUGGAUCAGCAGCUCAGAGCAGACAAUGCUCCCAGUAUCUGAUGGAAAUGAGAGCAGAGGCAGCAGAUGAUCCUCACUCCUUCAGAUCCGACCGGCCUCAUUACAGCCCUCUGUCCUGCUCCUGCUGUCACACAGACCCCUCUGUCUCUCUGUCUGUCUCUCUGUCUGUCCGUCCCUCACUUUCCCUGCAGACCCCUCUCUCUUUCUCUGUGUGUGAUGGGGGGCUGGGGGUCAUGCAGAUUUCACUGUUUCUCUGAGAACAAUACCUCUUUUGAUGCUUCUCAGCCUCUUUGUUUGGGUAACGAGCAGCGACAGUAGGGAGCAGACAGAGGGAGGACAGAGAGAGAGAGAGAAAAAGUGAAUGAGGUGAAGAUGAGAGAGUCACAGAGCUCUCCUCCUCCACCUCUCAGACCACUUUAGUCUAAGUCAGAGGUUUACGGCCUUCGUUGAUGGCCUGUAUUACACCUAUACUGUAGCUGAUGAAUGAUCUGUACUAAAGCUGUAUCUCAACUGUAAUUUUAGUGUAUUUUCUGCUUUAUUUUAGCUGUACUUAAUCUCUUAUUUUGAUGUUUGUGGGCUGCAUAUGGGCAGUUUGAAACCAAGCUGUAUCUCAGCUGUAUUUUGCUUGUUUUUAAGCCACAUUUAACUUUUAUUUGAGCUGUUUUUAAGCCACAUUUAACUUUUAUUUGAGCUGUAUUUAAGUUAAAUUAUUGUGCUUUUAAGUUUUAUUGUAACUGUAACUGUAAUGCUUUUUAAAAUUGUAAUUAUAUAGUCUUUAAUUGAUUAAUCAUUGCUGCUGUUAUUUUGCUGUAUUUUAGCUGUUUUAACCUGUGUUAAACGUGUAAUUUAAUUGUAUUUCAGCUAAGUUGUUGUGUGAGUUGUGUUGUAGCUGUUGUGUGAGCUGCUGUGUCAUCAACGCUGUCUGUGCUGUAAUCAGCUCAGUGUGUUUGUUGGCGUGGGUCUGUAUGGGUCUUAUCUGAACUUCGGACUGAGCUCUCUCCUGUUUGCACACAAAGAGGAGGCUCCUUUAAUAAAGAAGACUUCCUGCAGAGUCCUCCCUCUGCAGCUCCUCUUCAACACCUAUUGUCUGCAGGUAAACAGGAGGUGAGCACAGGUGAGCAGAGGAGGUGGAGGAGAGCAAGUAAAGGAGGAAAGUAGGUGUCAUGUUUCAGGGCGGUCUCCUCUGCAGCCCGGUCUUUGUCAGCAGGGUGUGGGCUGUAAUAAUGUCAUUAUGGUAACAACAGAGGAACAGACAUCCAGGUAUUCAUGUGGGCUGAUGGGGCCUCUGGGCUCUGCUCAGGUUUCUCUUCACCUAAGCUGCGGUAGGAUCCUCUGGUUUAACUAACGGUGCAGCAGGACACUACAUCAUAACCACCACUCUCAUCUUUAGGCUGUUCGGUCUGGAAGUUCUUGAGUUAUGGUGAUAAAUUUUCAGCAGACAAACUCACCUGAGUGUUUUGAUGGAUUUGAAAGUAAAUACAGAGUUGGUGUGAUGUUUUAAACCUGUUGCUGUCAGAUGUGUUGGACGGUCUGUUAGUCCAAUAAAGCACACAGACACACUUAUUAUGAACAAAUCUGCAGAAACGUGACCAAGGCGUUAAAGAUCAGAGUGAACAUCACCAAAAAACUGGUUUUGUACCUGGCUGUAAACAUGUGUGAAGUUUUUACAUGGGACUCUAUGGGGACCGAAUCAUCAUAGGACACAGCCUCUAGUGGACAUGAGUGGAACUGCUUUUUAGGACUUGUAAGCUGCUGCUUUAGUUUGAGAUAACCUCCCUCCACAUCUGCCCCUUAAGCCAGCAGCAGCAGCAGCUGUUAGAGGCUACCCUCACAGGUGUCCUACAGAGAGUGUCCUGACAGAUGCCUGAGUGUAAAAAGCGUUUAUUCACGUGAACCAAAUCUCUCUGAGUAAGCACAUGCUGCAGCCAGCGGCCCCCCGGUCUGUGCAGCAUUCACACAGAGGACAGGGAUUGACUCUGCACAGCACUCUGCUGACCUCAGCCACUCCUCUGUGUGUUUGAGUGUAGUGUAAGAGUGUGUAUGUUUGUGUGUGAGUGUGUGUGCAUGUCUGUAUAAGUGUGUGUGCAUGUAGGACAUACACAUCAGCAGCUUGUACAAAUAAAGAGCAAACAUCUGUAUAGGUCUGCAUGAGUGUGUGUGUAGAUGCAGUCUGGGUGGUUUUCAUGCAGCCGUUUUGUUUAUCUGGAUCCUGCAUAGUGUUUUUUUUAAGCUCAUUGUGGUUGAAAACUUAAGAAUGUUUGAGAAAGACUGCAGAAGUUUCCAGAGGGACCACAGUCAUUCACUUUGACACCCACACAGCCACACACUCACUCACACAUACAUACACACUGCUAGAGUAAUAAUAGGUGCUGUUACAGUCACAUUUGUGCUCCGCUCUCACUUGCCUCUGUAUGAUCCUCGAUCUACAUUACCCCCCUGACCUUUGAUCCCUGGCCCUGCAGCCCCUUCCAGGGUCUGUCCCGGUCCUCAGCUGACCUUGGAUCUCUGCUCCCAGCUGUUAGCUGUUGCAUGCCUGGAGCGCUUCACAUGCUCGUGUUGAGGGUUUUACUGACCUAAAGAUAAAGUUGGGUGUGUGGGCGCUCAGCAGCAGGUCGCGUUGGAUGUGUGACAACUUUCUGAACAUCUCAGGCAUCUGCCUUAGCGGCUGUUUUUAAACCAGGAGGUCAGAGUGUGUGUUUGUGUGUGCACUCUGUUAAUGAGUCACAUUAAAGGGUUAUUCUUGUGUUUUGAAAAACAGAAAGAGAUCGAGGAAGACAUAUUUUGAACCAGGAACAGGAGUCAAUUGAUAUUAGGUUUUUUAACAGCAGGUGCUCAUACAGAUAUGGUUGGUCGAUAGUUAUUGCUGAUAUUACAUUGCUGUUUUUUUUUUUUUUUUUUUUUUUCUGCAUUGACAAAAUAUGUCAGUUUUGUAAUGUCAGCAUUAAUAUACAUUUUAACAUGUAUGUAAUUAAGUGACUGUGCUCACUUGAGACGAAAUUACUGUUGGAAUCUCAGAGUCAAACUAACUAACUAACCAAACAAGGCAGAGGUAGACCAGUAACUCCUGUGUCAAUUACGAAAAAUUCACAGGUCUCCAUAGUGAUGAAUGGUGAGCUUGUGGAGGUUGGUGUAACAGCUGUUUGAGGUUCAAAGUCACCUUCUCUGUAAGACUGAGGUCAAGGAGAAACUGACCAACCAGCUAAUUAAGGUGUUUAUUAAGGAUUUAAUGGAGAUUAAGGGACUUGGCUUAUUUACAUGUUUAAUCAGCAUUAAAACCUCGUAAUGCUGCUGCUUCUCACCUGUCUGCUGCUCGGCUCAACACCUGGCACCUCUUAGAUAUUCACCCUUAGAUAGACUUACGCAAGACUAAGCUUUCUCACCUAACACAAACAUUUUUGCCCUUGGGAUGCAAACACACACUCACACGUGGUGUUCAGUGUACAGCCGCUCAGUGAGUUGAUGCUGGAAGAGGACAUUCAUUCAGGAGAACACGCUAUAAAGAGCUCAGCUGAGUAUCACAAGAGUACCACAACACACACAUAAACACACACAUAAAAUCAUAAAGAAAUCAAAUAGAAACUAUAUGAUAUCGGUUUUAUGUAUGUGGGGAUGUAGGCUGUUCACAGAGUCCUCUGACAGACCAGGGUGUCAUGAUGCUGCAGGUUGAGAUGGGAUUUGAUUGAAAUAAAUCAGUAGUUUGGAAAAUUCAGAAAUCAGAAACUAUUGAUGAAGUGUUGUCUUGUUGAUUUUUAAAGAUUUUCAUAGGGUGAAAAACCAGACAGUUUGAUCAUUUUGCUUCUUAGUAGGACAUGGUGAAUUGUUCUGUUGUUAAUUGUCUGUUUCUAAAAAUAUGAACCUGCUGUAAAUACUGAUAAAGCUUGAGGUGUGUGUGCUACGUGGGCAAAUAUAUUACCCUCUAAAUGCUGGUGCAGGUCCAGAUCUGGCUCAGGAUAAAUCAGCAUUAAUAGCUGAUCCCACUCCAACAGGAAUAGACCUUGGCUGAAGUUAGCUCCUCUGCAUACCAGUGACCCCUGGAGGUCAGAGGGUUAUCAAAAUGAUCUUAGAAAACGCUACACUAUACUGACACUGACGGAAAAUCUUUACAUAUACUCCUGUAUAUUUCUUACUUUGUAACAGUGUUAUCCUUUAUACUGAUUAAACAAAUCCUGAAUCUGACAGAAUAGACUCUAAAACCUCAAUGGUUUCAGCAGCUUUUAGUUGUAUAAUGAAUCUCAAAGUCAAGAUCCUGAAGUAACACACUGAUUGACUUCCUCUACAUUGAUAAUGUGGACUUAACUGUGUUAAAGUGCAAAGUAAUGGAGUUACAAAUGUGUCUAAUUGUGAUUAACUACUAGAAUUGUGUGAUUAAUCUGGUGUUAAACGUUAUAACAAACGUAAGAAAAGUACAAUAAAACCAGAUUCCUUUUUUACUUUAACAGACAGGUUGAUUGUCUGAUUCUCAGCGGCUGUCUGACCUGUUGCAAAGCCCUGAGAAAACCACAGAAGAAGAGAUGACAGAGUGUGAUUGAUUGACUCAGUCUACAGAGUCUCACCCCUUCCUCUCUAACCUUCCUCUGUUUCCUUGCCCCUUCCUCGUCAGGACGGGUCAUAUGGUAUGUUUAGACGACAGGAGGAGGAAAUCCUCCAUUAGGACUGACCACAAUACCUCUUCCCUCUUCUUGCCCCGCCUCCCAUUUAGCUCCCACACUAGCUGCUGACGUUCAACAUAAUCACGAUAUCAGUCUGAUUCUGCCCUGAGAGCCAUGAAAGCCCAUUAAAAUGUCAAUACAGACCCGGAGAAGGGUGGGGGUGGGUGGGGGUCAUGAGAACGGGAAGCUUGCCACUUUACUCCCAUUGCAUGCAGGUGAUGCUCUUCAGGCAAAUUAGAGCCAUGUCAGGAAGAAUUAACCUUCAGUGUGACGCAGAGCUUAGCUGCCGUAAGAAUAGUUAUUGUGUCCGGGUCUGCUUAAGUCCAGAGAUGACCCUUAACCUGCAGCACAGAGCAACUUAAGGUCAACAUGCAUGCUUUGAAUAUGUCCAAAGUCAAACACUGAGGUGUUCAGAGGGGGGUUUCAGCGCCAACAGGGACCAUCAGCCUCUUCUCAGCCCAUGGGAAAAGUUUAAAUCAGACGUGUUCGCAUUCAUCCUGCUAAUCUGAGCGCUAACUUGCUACACCAAAUUUAACCCCAAAGCCAAUCAAACGGACGCUGUCUGGAUAAUCCGUCUCACACACAAACACACAAACCUGUGUACGCUAACCACUUACACACACUGUCACACACACUUACACACAUAACACUUUAACAUGACCACACAAACCACAGAUAAACACGCACCAACAUACUGCAGGGCUACAAUUCCCAACAUGCAGCAGAGCAUGAGAGCAGAUUUAUAGACAGAAUAUAAGACCAACAUGCAGACCUACACACAUUCACACAGGCCCUGCUAUGACCUCUGCAUAUAAACAGUGAUUCAACCAACCAUAGAAAUACCUCUCUCUCUCUCGUUCUCUCUCUUUCUCUCUCUCUCUCGCAGUCUCCAGCGGUCUCUCUGUCUCUCUUUCUAAUAUUCUUAAGCAGUCUGCAGCGGUUCUCUUCAUUCACUUAAAGAGAGAAAUGCAUGUCAGGAUCAGAUAAGACAAAGUGAACUGUUCCCCAAACUCUAUUACCCACCUAAAAGGAGCGUGAUUUCUCUGUGCGACGUUUCGGCCUCAAUUACUCUCAGACUUCUGUAUUUGAUGUUAAAAGGUUUUGAGGGGCUCAUUAGCUCUAAAAGCACAGGAUGCUAAACUUCUCCUGCACAGCAGAAACAUUAAAGCAAAGUGUGGAAACCUGCUGGAACCAGUGCCAAAUAUGCAUUCACUUCCUCGAUGUCGUCAAGAUUGAACCACAGUCGCACAUGCACAUAUCCUGCAGAUUUCAGGAGAAUAUCAGGACAAUCUGUCUCUGAAAUACCCAGAGUUGUUAUUCACUCAUGUCCCUCGCGGGGUGAAGUUUUCUCUGUCAGACAGCAGGGGGAGACUCAUGAGGUGCAAAGGAUGCUGUUGUAGCCUCAGAUAGUACCACACUUAUGUUAUUGUUAAUUGUCAAGUAAUGGAGUCAGAACUUUAGCAAAGUGUUAGUCCAGGCACGCCACAAAGUCAAGGUCUCCCCACCGUAAAUCAGCUGAUCUUAAAGAAACGGACAGCUCAACUGAAUACCCUCCAUGCAUCCAAAUGUUCUACUUUAACUAACUCAGUCUGGCUUCUCUUCCUGCGUCCUCCACUCCGGCUUUUUAUGCCAUGUCUGAUUUUACCAGUGUCUGCUCUGUACCUCACCAGGGGUCUUUGCUGAUGCUCUCCCUGCCUUGGCUUUUCCUGUAGACACAUGAAACACAGGAGAGGUGUAACCUUGUCUUAAGAGAGAUUUAGAAAGUGAGAGAUGAGGAUUAAAUAACAGACUCUUUGCUGAAGCAGCAGAUUUGGUCCAUUCUCUUUGUCAGUCUUAUAUAAAUGAAUCUACAGCUUCAUUGACCUCAUGUCAGAGGUUGUAAAAAAUCGUUUUUUAAUUCACUGAUGCACAGCGUGGUUCUUCUAGCAGCCCCGCCCAUCUCUUUCUUCUACCUCCUCUGUCUAACUCCCCCCUCCUCUGACACUCCCCCUUCUCUCUGUCUGGGUCAGCAGCCUUACAGAGGUCACAUACUCUUCUUCCCCCUGCUGUUAAACUGGUUGUAUUUCUCCUCUGAAGAGUCUGCAGAUGAGGCUCAGAUGGACUCAUGGACAGCACAGGGUCGUAGUUUGAUUCCCACCCUGAGCUUGUUUUCUAGGAGCAGCAGCACAGAUUAGCCCGCCACCAGAGGGUCUGAUAGAGAGGCUUUCACAAAUCCUUUAUUCAUUCCAAUAAGGUGCUCAAACGCUCUCAGAUUCCUCCCUCAGUCCUUCAGAUGGUCCAUUCCUGAGUUUCCCAGGCUGCUGUAAAAGUGGUUUAGCUGCUAAGCACUUGUUUAUGCAUAUGAGUGAGUGUGUAUCUGUUAAGCCAAUGAACUCGUCUCCUUUCACUUCCCUUCAUUAGCAUGUGAAUCCCUCCUCUAACAAGUAGGCCAGAGUGGAGCGAUGGAGGAGAAACAUGAAGACACAGAGCAGCGGGACACUUGUCAUUUUCGUGAAGAUUCUUUGACAGGACUUCAGGAGAGGCAGUGAGCUGAGCUGCUACUUCACGGAUCUUCCUAUUCUUUUUAUUGUGCUGUAAACAAAAGUCUGACUAUUUACAGCAGAGUCCUUAUUUUAAAUCCAAAGUUUUAAACAGAUCUAGACUUUUUAUGCCAAUCAUCUUGAUGUUGCUGCAAGAUUGAAGAGAAUCUUACAAACAAAAGGGCUGGAGGAAAUCUGUGUAACACUUUUAUGAGUUUCUUCUCCUGCUUCAAAGUUUGACACUGCACAUUUAAUGGCUGGAUUUUUUUCUAAAUGAAGCAGUAAAACCUCUUGAAACCACCAACUUAAGCCAUUUUAGUUCAAAUUCUUUGUCUCGCUAAAUCUCUUUGAUAGUCAGGAAUAGAGAGGGGCUGCAGGCUGAGCUGCUGCUGAUUCUGAUCCUUCAGUUUUCAUCAUGUUUUAAACAGUUUUCUCAUUUUUUUCUUCUUUAGUGGAAAUGGACUCAGUUUUGAAUCCAAUAAAAACUGAAAAAAAAAAUUAGCUUUUGAUGUUUAAGAUGAUUUAAGUUGAACUCUCGGUAGUCUGUGAGGGGGCUGUGAGCUGAGCUGCCGCCAGUUGUGUCUCCUUUAUGUCUGAACUUUACUCACUUUUGCAGUAUGACAGGUUCUUAGUUAUCAUGUCUGUUGUGCUUCAUCUUCAGAUCAUUGUUCUCUCAUUUCUUGUAGACAUUAUUCACUCUCUAGACCACUCACUAAGACCCUGCUCUGCAGAUGAAAAUCCACACAUAGUUUGGAUUGAGCAGUAAAAACUGCAGAUUUACAAAGUGAUGUCAGAUUUAUCUCCUCUCUGUUAAAGGCGGUUAGAUCCAUGCUUGCAGGGGGAUAAAUGUCCAAAGACUCUCACAGUAAAAGUUAUAUUACAAAGUAGAAAGUUUCAUCCCUCAGUUCUCAAACACGCCAGGCUGUCAGAGAUGUUUUUACUGGCUUCAGCUUUCCAAAUAAAACUCAAAGCCUUCACAGCCACAUAUGUAAAAACAAAGAGCAGCAGAUAAUAACAGCUGAUUUUUCCUAUUAUAGUGUAUUAGUGUGGACAUGGACCCACUGAGCUGAGCUGACACGCACUUUGUUCUUUAAAGUGGGAGCAGAUGUUACAGUGUGGAUGUUAGGAAGCGUGAGAGUCGGCGUGUGAGUCCACAAGAAUCCGUCAGAAAGAUUCUCUGAGGUUUUUCAGAAACUGUUUUUCAUGACAGAACAGAAACUGGAUCUGAUCUCUGUCUUUGCUCAGAGAACGAGCUCCAGGGUGCGUUCAGGAGGAGAGUAGUCUGUACUAUGGCUGUGAUCAGAACCUCAUGAACCACAGAGAGGAGGGUGGGUGUGCAGUCUGACGCCCUGAGUGUGUACAUUAUCGUGUGUGGAACCGUAUGUUAUCGCGUGUGGGUCGUCAGGACGCCUUCGUGUCUUUAGCUCUCCAUAUUUACGAGCCGCUACAGUCAUACUAACUUAAAUCAAACACACUGACAUGUGAAAAUGUUCCAGAGCAGUGGCUUCUGCUGUUUUUCUUGGUGCUCAGAGGUUUUAAACCCCAGAAUAUAAACUCUGACAGUCUCAAGAGUUCACCGUCUAGUUCUGUGGUCAUGUGAUCUGUACGUCUCUGUUUAUGUUCCUCUCAUCUGAACAUGCUGUGAGGAAUGAUGUGUUUUCACAGUAAUAAAGGACAAAGUUAUGUCUGUUUGCUUUCUUGUUGACAUUGGUACCAAUCUGUGUACUCAAAAGUAGAAUUAUAGGCUUAACUGAUUUACAGUUCAGGGGAAGAUAUUUACACACCUGUUGCGCUGGUCUGUGAUUUGUGACACAUGGAGGUGUAAUGGUUGGGUGAAGUAGACCCUCCUCUGAUUCACUUUGAGCGGUUAGUGUAAUCAUGGAAGAUGAUGGAGAUGUGUAGGGCUGGGUGAUAUUGCCACAAAUCAAUAUCACAAUUUACUGAGCAGUUCACUUCCAAAACAAUAAAUGGACGAUAAUUACUCCACAAGCUGCUCACCGCCUCCCACAGUAACUUCGUCUACUUCAGCCACCGCUCCAGCUGCUACAACUUUUGAAUCCAUUUGAAGUAGCACCACAUGAUGUGACAUUACUGCCACGAGGAAGUGGUAAAAAUGUGUUUUGAAAGCUUAUUUAGUGCUCAAAUGGCAGUCAGAAAAUUGGCUCCUUCUCUCUACACUUUCAGCUCCAAUUUUAAACCUUCAGUCCCCUCUUAUUGAAUUUCUCUUAGGGGAUCAAAAUGUUCUUCUUCUUUGUCUUUACUAUCAGCCCUCUAUUCCCUAUCAGCCCCUCUCUACACUAUCUGCACCCUCUCUUUACACUAUCAACUCUCUCUCUGUGUAUACGAUUAGCCCCCUCUGCAGGUUCUCUUUGUGUGUAUGUGUGUAUGUAUGUUUACUCUUCUUCACAGGAUGCCGCAGAGUGAAGCUCAGGGCUCAGUAAGCCGGUGUGAAACUGUUACAGGAUCAGUAGAGUGUCUUUCUCUCUCUCUCUCUCUCUCUCUCUCUCUCUCUCUCUCUCUCUCUCUCUCUCUCUCUGUGCUCAGUAAACUGACUUAUCAGUGUUAGCUUGGGUUCAUACACACUCCUGUUACGCUCUAAAUGUGUGUUAAUGAGUUUUUUUUGCAGCUCUCAGGUAAGUGCAUUAAGCUCUUUGAUGCGGCUUCAAAAGUGUGUGUGUGUGUGUGUGCAGAUUCAAUCGUUCAUUCAUGUGUGUGUAUGUUUGUGUGUGUGUGUGUAGCCAUGCUGCCCAGCCUGUUGCUGCACCGCUCCUCAGUGCGGCCUUAUCAGAGGGGUCUGUACUGCAGUGACACCAGCCUCAGCUACCCCUACAAGAAGUGCACCGUGUCCUCCUCAGUGCUCAUGGCUGUCGGGCUCUUACUGCCCGCCGUGUCAGUAAGUCCUGCUCCCAAAAACCACAAAGAGCACAGAGGGAUCGCUGAAGGCAGAAACGGGGAGGGCUGGAGCUCAUAGUGGAGGCUGUGAAGGAGGGAUGGUGAUGUUCAGGACAGAGUAAAGCUAAACAAUACUUUGUUUCCAGUCAAUCCUAGUUGUUAUUUUACAUAUUUUAGGUUCUAAAUGAUUUAAAAACAAAAAUAGUUUGAGUGUUUCCGCAGAAGACUUACGAUUUUUAAACCCAUCACUCCAUCACUUAAGCUGACCACACAUGACCUCUUAAAGCCCUGCCCUCUUCUGCUGUAUUCUUAUGAUCCUCUGGUUUCUCUUUGUGCCCCCUGUUCUCUGUUCAUGUGGUGUCACUGACCUCUCCCCCGUCUCUCUCCCUCUCUCUCUCUCUCUGCUCCUCUCUUCCUGUGUCUCCUGUAGCUAGCCUGCCUUUCCUGAUCAUUGAGACUAGCACCAUAAAGCCGUACCAGCGCGGGUUUUACUGUUCGGACGAGUCCAUCCGCUACCCCCGAAAAGAGGGAGACACCAUUAGUGAUGCGGUGCUUUGUGGCGUUGGCAUUCUUAUUGCCAUCUUCUCUGUAAGUGGACCUUCACACUGCCUCUGUUUGCUGCUUUGACUCCAGGUAGAAAGCCUCACUAACAUAGUCCCUCCAGAUUCUGAGGGAUUCAUCAUCACUGUCCUGCAGAGAUGCACUCUUUCAACGUCAUUGUGAUUUUCAUGUCUUCACCCUCUCAUGUCCUCUACGUCACACUCUACUCCUCCACGUCAGCCCAUACGUCACCCCUGUGUUAGGAUCUGCUUUUAUCUCUGCUCAGCUUGUCAGUGCUAGAGAGAGAGGCCUGCAAGAUGACCAGAGAGGUGACAAGAGCUCCAGGUCUGGUCUCAGAGCCCCAAUCAUAUCCCUGCAGCCCAAAGCUAAGACCCUACGCCUUCUAAGACCCCCGACCUGCAAGUCCCUGCAGCUGAACGCCUCACUUGCUUGCAACCCAGAAACCCUGCUUCUGCUGAGUAGAUCCUGCAGAUCAGAGUGGGCGGAGUCUAAGGAGGUGGAAACAUGUUAUAACGAUGUGGUGGGCUCCACGUCUGUGGAUUAAUGACACGUGGUCCUGCUAAAAUGAUUGUUACAGACCCCAGACUCUCUGUGGCACCACAGACUCCACAACAUCAGCUCAGUGGGCACUAACACCCCCCCACACACACACACACACACACACACACACACACACACAAACUCACAAUCAUACUCGUUUAUAUAUUCCUGUGUGGGCAGAGCUGGCGUGUCUCACACAGCUGUGCUCCAUUAGUGGCGUCUCCUGCCAUGCCGACACCAUUCCUAUUACACACACAUGCACUCUAUCUCACACACAAACAUACAAUGACCGUAUACACACACACAGACUAUACACACACAUUUACUGGUAGCAGUUUGACAGACUUGUCGUCAGAUAACUCCGAGACGUGACAGACCAAAGUUAAUGUUGGAGCGUCAGUCAGAAACCGUCAACAUAUUCACUGAUUGCACAUUUAUAACAGUCUCCGCUUUCUCUAACCUCAUACACACAUACACAGAUAUUUGUAAGAAGUGAUUUUUUCCUCCCAACUUCUUCAGAAAAGUUCCUGUCCAUCGCAGAGGUGUUAUGAACACUUCUCUGUCCAACACAGAAAUAGCUGAUAAAGGCAUAUUAACCCAGCAGAUAACCACAAACUAGUUAGUGGGCGCAUACAUAAAGAGCUCUUUUUAAGCCAGCAGAUAUUAGAAACCAUGUUCUUUUAACUGUGCACACAGCGGCAAAUAUUUAUUCCUCCCUGUGCUGCAGUAAAUGAUGAAUACAUCUAGAUUUCCUCAGAGGUAUUCAAUGAAAGCUGAUAGUCAGCAAGGACCACUUUGUCAAAAGAAUAAGUAUCUUGCAUGCAGAAAGUUAUUUUUGGUUGUAUGACUGUUCUGAGAGUUCCCUAUAAGCUACCACAAAGAAAAGUAAAGCGGCAAGCAUGCACGAUGCAGAAGUGCAGACAUGUUGGGACAAACUGUGACAGGAUGAAAAUCAGAGAAGAGCAGGAUCUGACUGGGUCUGAUAACUGAGUUUUGACUGGGCUUGAUUGGGUCUGACUGAGUUGACCAGGUGCUGACAGCUUAAAUAAACUCCCUCAAGCUGCGUCAGGCUCCUUACGCUCUCAUCUGAAGCUCCAUCAGAACAGUUCAUUCACAAUAACACAUAAACACGCCAAACCACAGCGGCCAUGUUUGUUUCUCCUGGCUGUGUUCCUGCAGGCCGACCACCCAGCAGGAGAAGAGGGGUGUUUAACAAACCAUACAACACUCACACACAAACAUUCAUUAAAUACACAAACAUUAUGAAUGUGUAUUAGCCUGAUAGGAUCUACAGAAGCAGAAGCAGUGAGUCUCUGCGGCUCAGAGAUGGACAGUGAAUAUCCAGAGUGAAGGCUAGGAGCAGGAAGAGGUGUGGUCAGAAAUUUGAGGUGGAGUUUUGGUCUAACACCCAUGGUGGUGCAGAUUUGAUUGACAGCUCUAUGCCUGGGGGGGCUGGAUCAGUAUGAGCCGAUCAGUGUUAGGCAGCACCUGGAAGGAUAAAACAGGAUUCAGAUUCAGCUUGGUGGAGGUGAUCCUUAAAGCAGACCGCCCCUUUAGUAGAAAUCCUCUUUGUUACUUGCUGGAUGGAGUCUUCAUGUUUUCUUUCCUCAUAGUUUCACUCUCAUUAUCCUCCAAACCCACAUUAAAGGUCCAUCCAAUCACUAAUAAUCUAAACCCACACCCCAACUGCCUGAGGGAAGGGCAGGCCAUGCUCAUCCUACCUUUAUCUGUCCAUGCGUGUUUAUAUGUGUUUUUAUAUUCGAGUUUGUCCACUUCAUCCUAUAACCUGUCUUUUCUCAUCCUCUCUCCUCCAUUUCUGUCUUCAUUUAGACUUUUUUUAAACAUCCUGCAUGAGACUCUUGAUCAUUUUCAUUCAGUGUUAAAGAUCCUCCAGCAUGACAAAGCUAGAGUUAGUUAUAUUCUUAAAUAGUCGAACUUUAUGUGAUGUAUGUGUGUUUGAAUAAACUCUCCUGUCUCUCAGAUUGUAAUCGGCGAGUGUUUCAGGAUCAGUCAGCUUCAUGAAGGAACAAAGUCUUUCAUCGGGAAUCCCUACGUGGCAGCGCUCUACAAACAGGUCAGCUCUUCCUCUGUUUUUACGUGUUUCUAAAUAUAGACACACGGCCCUGUCAAAAUAAUCUGAAAUACAAGCUUAUUGUGAAAUCAUAGCAUGUCUGACUGCUUUUUGCUAGUUAAGCGCUGCACAUUCUGGGCACAAAGUGAGGCACAAACCAAUCAGUGUGUCUGCUCUCAAUUCCCUUUAAGAGUCAGAUCAUCUUGUAGAAAAGGGUGUUACUAUUUACACAGCUGAUUUAAAUCUUUCUACUUAAAUACUCUGCUCUCAAGCUAUGCUAUUUAACACACACACACACACACACACACACACACACACACACACACACACACACUCAUUAACUAACAUGCUGUGUGCUUUAACAUCAAAGAAAGACAGGCUAUAAAACUUUAGUGACAGAUUUUUUCCCCUGCUGGUUCAAUUAAUUGUGCUUCGUAGAGAGUGAACAGCUGAUUUUGUUUAGUCUUUGUUAUUACAAGUAGACUUAAUGGUUCAUGACAUUUAAUGUCAGCAGUGACUAGAAUUUUAUUAAAAUAAAAACACCCUUUCAGUUGUGUGUGUUUGUCUUAAAGUGUAUUUCUGCGCGUAUAUUUGAAAGUGCACAUGAUGGAGAGCAUGGUGAUAUCUCGAUCUGGAGUAUUCAGCUGGUGCAGGAUUGAGGAGAAGCUGGUGUGUAAAGAGAUAAUGAAGAGGGUGUCGUGCAAUAAAACAGGGAGAGAAACUUAAUACAGACAACUGGAAGAUUUAAUAACCAAAAGUCCAAAAUAAUAACAAAAACUAAAACCUAAAAUCCAACUAAAAAAACAAAAACAAAAAACCCUGAGGAAAACUAAGAAGGUACCUAGAGAAGAAAAAAAAAUCAAUAGCAACAUGACCAGAAACUCUGAAACAGAGGGAAGACAACACAAUAAACCAACAAACAGGAAGGGAAAAACAGAGACUAAGUACAUGCUGAAUAAUUAAAUACAGGUGUGAGAAUAGGACACAGAUGAGAACAAUAAGGAGCAAUCAAACUGCAGGGAAAGUACAAGAAGUAUAACCAGAUCUGAACAAGGGAGAGGACUUUGAAUCUCAACCAGGAAACACUGAGAGCAUGGGUACUGACUCACAACACAGCACUGGGACUAAGAGGACAAAACUAAAAUACUAAUUCAAGAAAAGCUCAUGACAGGAGGUGGGACAGGACAUAAAACACAAACCCCUCAUUUGGUUCUGAUCCUGCAGAUGGGCGUGUUCCUGUUUGGCUGUGCCGUCAGCCAGUCCUUCACCGACAUUGCCAAGGUGUCUGUGGGUCGCAUGAGGCCUCACUUCUUAGACGUGUGUAAACCAGACUUCUCCACUAUCGACUGCUCCCAGGGUUACAUCACCAACUACAACUGCACAGGUGACGAGAGUGACGUGCAGGAGGCCAGGUGAGCGGCAACAACUCCAACAACAAUGGAGGAUGCAGGAUGUUAUCAACACAGUAUCAGUAUCUGCAGAUUUUAUUUUAUAAAGUUCAUUUUCAGCAUUGAUAAAUAUCUUAAAAUAUAUACUUAUGUGUAACUUAAGUGUCUGUACUAUCAGCCAAAAGGAUUCUGAAAAUAUCGACAUGUUAGAUCAUAUCCACAAAGAUCAUCACAGGUUUGAGAUCAUCAACAAAAACUGACCACAGGCUCUUCUCUAUCCUCGCAGGAAAUCCUUCUUCUCAGGACACGCAUCUUUCUCUAUGUUCACCAUGCUGUACCUGGCUGUAAGUACCACACACACACACACACACACACACACACACAAUCACACACACACACACACACACACACACACACACACACACACACACACACACACACACACACACACACACACACACACACACAUUUUGUAUCUACAGAUAUUUCAUGCUUCAUACAGUCUAACCCCACCCAGCAGCAGCCCUCUUCUCCCCUGUCUCUCUGAGGAUGAGGAGGUGGGUCAGGAUCCAGGGUCUAGCUCCGUUGCUUGGUGGUCUCGUCCUCUUGGUGGGCUGACUGUUGAGGUGACAGUGGCAUGCAGGGAGAGUUUCCUGUGGGUGUUUCCCAGCCUCUUAGUGACCCUUCAGCUCCAGAGCAGAGAGGGAAAGAUGAGUAGCAUCCAGACCACAGAGUCACUCACUGGACCCAGAACAAAUCCAGCUGUGGUCAGGUCCAGACCAGAGCCAGUGGAGGCAGGAACACAGGGAGAGAGAGGAGAAGGAGGAGGAGGAAGAGGAGGAAUGUAGUUUUAUGAAGGAUGUUUUGAACAGAAGGUGUGGGAGAUGAUCCCUCCUUUUUUCUCUCCUCCUCUCUGUGAGGCUUCCUGCUGAAAGAAGAAUGUGUGGUGUUUUUGUUUUCGUCGACUGGAAGUGGUCACAUGACUCGAUGUUUUGACUCACUGAAAAUUUCCUCUCUGCUGAGGAGUCCUUAUUUGUGGCCUUAAAUACAUCCUUCAGUACGUCCUCAUCAGUCUCUCUGUGUCCUACAUAAGAGCUGACCGUGAAACCUGGAGACAGAUCAAUAUGGCCUGAGUCUGUUAGUAACAGCAUGUGAAGAUGAGAAGCUUUCCUCAUCAUCGAUAUCUUCAUCAGGAGAGGCAGAGGCAUUGAUCUCCUCAUCUUAACUCCAUUAAGAAUAAAUGUACUUCCUGAAAUGUCAGAUUGUUCCUUUAAUUGAUGGAUCUCUCCUUUGAAUUAUUAUUGACUGACACUAAAGGAAUCAAUGAGGAACCUUUCAGAAGAGACCCCUACAGAAACACAGAGUACUACUGCAGUUUGCCCUCUGGACAUUUUGCUGUUUGAGAGGGUUGAUUUGGUGGAUGAUAUGUGAAAACUUCCAGCCCCUCAUAACCGCAAGCUGACCCCGCCAACUUUUUCUUUCUUUAACAGCUGUUCCAUGACUUGGAUCUUAAAGUAAAUGUCUUCACCUGCUGCACUAACCUUUUUGCCCGGUCUCUUCUUGAAAGGAAAGAAAUGUUUGCUUUAGUCCAAAGUGCUGCAACUACGUUAGUUCCUGGGCAGACAGUUAGUGCGAGGAACACUCUCUAACCUUUCAACAGUGUUGUAGUACUCAAGCACUCGAUGACUCGGACUUGUACUGGAACUUGUACUGGGACUCGAUCAGGAUUCAGGAGAAAGAGAGGAGAGGUCUAUCAUGCAGACAGUAGAGUGGGACCACAGAGAAGACAGCAGCUUCACUGGAAACAAAACAAACACAGAAACAAAGCAGACACAGAGGUUUGGGUUUAGAGAACUGAACUCUGUCUGUGGCUUCAAAAUAAAAUCCAUAUUUUAAUAUGGCUACACUGCUGUGAUGGUCUGUGAUUAGCAGAUAAAUGACAGACCUGAGAUCAGCUCAGGGAAACAGACGCUUACUAAAACCGUCUGUUUGUUCUCUAAAACCACAGACAGAAAUGGAUGCUGUGGUUUGUUCCUCUGUUCUUUGUUUGUCACUCAGCAUGGAGGAAGAUUCACGUCCAUCUUUAUCUAAGAAAACAACUUCACACCCUCACCCCCGCUUCAGCCACCUCACCCUCCUAUCUGCGGGUUAACGGAGUGUGAUUUUACUGCUCUUCAUUUCCUGCUGAGCAUGUCAGACAGUCUUGAGGUUACAGCCUCAGAUCACACACUGAUAACACACACUGCCACACAAAGGACGGUGUCCUGGUGGCGGGGUCUCUGUGUUUUAUAUUCCUGUGUAGAGUCUGCCUGCUGUUUGUCAUUACUGCAGCAUGUUUGUUGGUGAAGCACUGUAUCUAACCACAGCUAUGCCUCGGUCUCACACUCUCAGCGUUGUGUGUAACAAAGGGGGGGUUGAUGGCGUGUAAGCUGGUUCUGGUUGGUGUGUAACAGAGGAGGGGGGAUUGUGUGUAAACUCAUUCUUGUUGUGGAUCUUUCUCACUCUGUUGUGUUUCUUCUCUCUCUCUGGGAGUCAGAGACAGACUGAGUGGAUCUGUCAGAGAUGAGUUGGAUUCCAGCAGAAACCACCAGACUCUGUGUCGCUGUGUCUCUGUCCAUCAUGGGAAUCAGUCAGGCUCUGUUGUUGCCAUUAUUGUUGUUGUAUCUUAUUGUUGUGCUCCUCUGAUCUUAUUGUUCGUGACUCUCAUUGUGUUUGUUUGUGGGAGCACAGCAAGAGGCAGAUGAACUCAGAAAUCAGUGUGAGUAGAGAUCUUGGUUUGCUUUGCCUGUCGGUGAGUUGGCUCAGAGUUGGUCGGGUUAUUUGGGUUUAUUCUGGGUUGGUUAGCAGGUGAUCAUGGAUGUUUUGGCUGACAGUGCGGGACAGACUAUCUGAUCUGUCUGAGCUGGAUCACCCUGAGAGGUUUAGGGCUUCAGUCCAUGGAGUCUUUACAUCUGUGAGAAAACAUCAGUGUAAGGAGAUAAUGUGUAGCGUUGUGUACGAUCUUAUCUGGUUACUAUUUCACCUGUAACCCCCCAAAAAAUUAGAUGCUGGGUAACUAGGGAUAAAAACAGAAUUUAAUUGUUUGCAAAUCAUUAUGAGUCUGUAUUUUACGUUACAAUAUGAUACAAUAUGAUACGAUACGACACGAUGCAACACGAUACAACACGACAUUAUCUGAUCUGAUACGAUACAAUAAAUGAUACGAUACAAUACGAUAUAUGAUAUGAUACGAUACGAUACUUUAUUGUCCCCUUAGGGAAAUUGCGUCUUGGACUCCAAGAGCUGCACAAACAAAGCUGCCAACUGAUGACACAAAGUACUAGACCUAACAAAGACACAGUCACACAACCCAAGCACAUUGCAAUACCCAUAUUGCACAAGAAUCCCACAGAAAUGGUCAAAAGAAACCCACCGACAUUAGACAACAAUGACAAAGACCAAGACACAGCAAGGCAAGACAAGAUAAACAAGACCAAAAACAACAUGAUAAUAUACCAAGAUAGCACCAUGACAUUAUUGCACAAUCUGGCUAAGUUUUAGGAAAUGUUAUUGUGAAACCUAAUUGAGGUGGGCAUGAAUGAGUUUUUAAAACAGUUCAGUCUACAUUCAGGGACAUUUUGAUCCAUUGACCACAGGAUGGUUUUCCUCUUCUCUAAGCCUGAACCCAUUAAGGAUGGGCUAAAGGGGGAGUGAAAAACUGCACUGUGAUUAUCUGAGCAAUUUAGAUAUGACAUUUUUUUGGAAAUCAUUGACACCUCAUCCCCUGCUCUGAAAAGAAACAGCCUCUAAACUCUUAUGUAAAGUGGUCGUAUUUCUUUGAUUUUUAUGUCACUGUGUUGGAGAUUUCUGCUGCCACUGCUCAGUCUGACGGCUAUAGGAACGUCUGUGUAAGAUGAUCUGUAAAAUACAACAAACACAGUGACUUUUCAAACAGCUACUGAGAUCCAUCUUGUUUCCUCUGCGGGACACUCAAUUAGAAUGUUUUCUUGGUUGUUGCAUCAUGUCUGUAGACUUCAGACUGAACAACUCAUCAGUGGUCCUGGAUCACUACCUGAGAACCACCUCAGAGGAAACUGGAACCCCAAACAUCCCUGAGAGGUGGAUGGGAUGGGAGGGAUCACUUCCUGUGUUUCGGUAAAGAAAAGAACAAUGACGGCAUCUCGUAAAGGAAGUGCGAUGGAGCGUUGGGUCCAUGCAUACAGGCUGGUGGUGGGCGGGGCAGAGGGAGUAACUGAGGCCAUCUGUAGGUAUUGUUAGAGCGCUGAUUAUAAGAGCAGCGUCUGGAGGUUUGGGCGGGGCAGAGCUCGCCCUCGCUCUCUGGGUGAGAGAGACAGGAAGUUAAGGGUACGAGCAGGCAGGAACACAGGAAGUCUGGGCUGGUUUCCCCGCUGCACGAGUGUGUAUGUGUGUGUGUGUAUAUGUGUGUAAUAAGACAGAUGUUCAGGUGGCUCUCAGACAGACCUUGGACUCACUCAUUCCUGUUUUGGCUCGUCUCAGUUUUUAUCUCGACUGGAGAUGUUUCAGCAGCUACCCUGACUUUAUUCAGAGGAAAGAGAGUUUACACACACAGACAUACACACACACACACACACACAGAUGAAGGACACAGUAUGCACACACUCAUCUGUGUUUGAGUGUCUGUGGUCUGCUGUUGUUUCAGCUGGGAUGUUGAACCAUGAAUCCGUCAUGUUUGGGUCUCAGGCUGUUCAGUGUGUGUGUGUGUGUGUGUGUGUGUGUGUGUGUGUGUGUGUGUGUGUGUGUGUGUGUGUGUGUCAGAUGUGGAAAAGAAAGUGUGUCUCUGUGGUUCUGGUUGGGCUGAACUCUUUGAUUCAGUCUGGACCAAGCUGGCACCAAUAACACACACACUCACUCACAGCUAGCUAGUGAGAGUUUGAAAGGAUGAGACCACAUUAUCACUCUUGUUCACGUUUCAUCAUAUUUACUGAUAAAUUUUGCGUCAUUUCCAUCCUCUCUUCACAGUUUUACCUGCAGUCCAGGUUCACCUGGCGUGGUGCUCGUUUGCUCCGCCCACUGCUCCAGUUCACCCUGCUGAUGAUGGCGUUUUACACCGGCCUGUCCCGUGUCUCCGACCACAAACACCACCCGACUGAUGUGCUUGCCGGCUUCGUACAGGGCGCCCUGGUGGCCUACUGCAUAGUAAGUACACACACACACAUAAAUACUACAUUCUGACACAGCAGCUCUCAGACACUCAGGAUGGGGGUUUGUUUUCCACUCUGUGUGAACUAGGUGUAAUCUUUCUAUGGGCACCCCUGAUCCUUUUUUUAUCAAUGCUGAGGUUGACCAUUCUUUCAGCAUGCACAACAGGUCAAUGCAUGAGCACCUGUCUGCACUGUAAAGCUUCAUAUGUACUUCUGCAUCAAACCUAUGCUGCAACACAUACUGUAGGUCUGUUUCGCCUCCUCUUUGCAGAGGCCUGUGCAUUAACCCUACAUGCAACCUCCAUGAAAUCCAAGUUCCUUAUCUAAUCCGCAAAUCGGAGAGAGUUAGAGCUAGAUCUGGUCUGGAGUAGAUUCUCAAAGAUGGAGAUUGUUUUGAUUUUAAAACUCAGUUUUGUAGUUUCACUGUGACUGAAGCUCCUUGGCUCUUUCCUCCUCCUCUUUUCUCCGAGGAGCUGAAGCAUGAGGAACUCUGAUUCCCUGUAAUGAAGAACACAUUUUAUGGAGACGGCUCUGCUUCACCGCUGUGUGUGUGUGUGUAUUUGUGUGUUUAAGUGUGUCUUAAAGUGUGUUUAAGUGUGCGUGUAAGUUUGAGUUAAAGUGUGUGUGCGUGAGUGUGCCUUCACUGCUCUUAUGACACACUGUUGCGGAGUUUGCCAGAUGAUUUUCGUAACCCUCAUCAUCACACUGAGCUGGACAGAGCCGAGGAAAACAGAAUCCAGGUCAGGAGGAAAAUGGAGGCGGUGUGAAGAAAGAGAGAGGAAAAAGAGAGAGAGAAAAAGAAAGAGAGAGAGUAAAGAAGGUAGAGAGGGGGCAAUCCUUUGAGGGAGGAAUGAGUCUGUUCAUUAUUUGAGGUUUUUUAUUUGGCGGCUCUGGUUCUAUCAGCUCAGCAGGACGCCACUACACUCUGCUGCCUCCGGGAAAGAGCAGUGAAAACACACACACACACACGCACGGGCACACAAACACACACAUACACACACACCCUUACCUUUCUACCAAAUCAUGACUGUGGAAAGGAUUACAUUCAUAAAAUUCAGGAUCUUUGUGGCGCCUACACAGACUUGGCACAGCUAAAAACACACACAUACUGAAAUCACACACACACACACACACAGCAGGAUUGUAGAAGAACUAAAUUUGAGCAGAAAUCAAAAACAGUCUGUAAAGCCAUCUGGUUGUCUCUCCUGGAUGGCAUCAACUCUGACAAGAAAAUGAAAAAUUAGACUUUCAGAAAUGAGCUGGACCUCAGUGAGAGGGAGAAAGUGGGAGGAGGAGAGAGAGGAGAGAGGAGCCUUGUCUGUGUGCUGGCUUGGGAUGAGCGUGGGUUUCAAUCCAGUUUAGCAAUUCCACAAACCUCAGAGAGAGCACCACACAGUUCUCAUACUGUAACACAAACACAGUCAGAGGGAGAUCCUGCUGAUCGGGAUGGUGGGUUUAGUUUUACAGUCUCUCUUCUCUCCUGAUGGUGUCUGUCUGAUUGAAACAUGUGUGACGACUCUAGCUGUUAGCUUAAAUUUUUAGCUUUAAGCUGUGAGUGAGUUUGCGAGAUUAGUCGUCUAAAACUCUCAGAAAAAGAAAUUAGAGUGGACAUCUUUAGAUCUGAGGACAUCUUUGAAUCAAUAUUCAGGCUCUCUCUUGUUCUUUUAAUUUCAGAAUAAAAGCUCCAGCUUUUGGAAUAACAUCAGCCAUGUGUACACACAGAAAACACCUGCCUCCUCCCGCUCCUCUCCCUGCUCUCCUCUCUCUAUAUGAUCAUAACUGAAAUUGAAUACCCAGGUCUAGUACUUGCUUUAAAAAAUUGAGUAUAUUAAUGAAUCCAUGUUUUCAGACCAUGCAUAUAUCUUCUGUUUGGAUAACUAAAAACCUCAGUGUUAGAUUUUCACAUCAGUCCAGAGUGAUUGUGAGUGACUGUUCCUGAUAUCUCAGUGAGUCAGCCUGUGGAAAAGACUCUUCUGCUCAGAUGGAUUCAGUCUCUGUCUCUGCUGAGAGGUUUACUGUUUCAGGAGUUAAUUGUUGCUCAUAAUCCAAGUUUCCCAGAGUUCAGUUGGAUCUGUAAUCCCAGAGGAGACUGCUGGUAAAUAAGGGUCAUCAUCUCAGAGAAGGACGGUCAGCAGAGGAGCUGCUGAGACUCUGAGCUUCUGUCUGUGUGGUCUGAGAGGUCACCUGAUAUCACCAUAAACACAUAAAUCAACAGCACAUAACACUCACAGCAUUAUUUUAAUGAUUUCAGAGAAACAUGGUGAUAAAUUAGACAGAAGCUCUCCAAAUUCUGAGAACACAUACUUCCUCUGACCCACUUCAGUCUGAAGAUGUACCACUGAUAUAAAGUGUGGUUGGACUGCAUUCAUAUUUGGUUUUAUGUGCGUGCAAACUCUUCCAUAGAGUUAUUCUUUGACAUGCACGCUUUCUGAAAGUUAGUACACCCACUUCCUGUGUGACUCAACGUCUUUAUGGACCACCCUGUCACACUGUGGAUUAAACUCGAGUGACGCUCACUGAUGACUAAGGUUCUCCGUGCGUAGGUGAAAAGAUCAGAUAAGGUGACAGGUGUCAGGACAAACACCCUCAGAAACAGGACCAACAUAUCAUCAUGGUUCUGAAACACAGGAGUGAUUGUAGUCCACUCCAUCGAUGAGAUAAACCAAAGUUUCAUUUACCAGCAAGAAAACAAGACAUUUCAUCAAAGUCCCUGACACAAUAAGUGUUUAUAUCAUCAUGCGUAGAGACCACUCCAUCACCUCCAUGAGGUCCAACCUGCUGCGCUGAUGGAGAGAGAAAACCUGUAAUCAUUACCCAGUGUUUCUAAACAUGCAGGGCUGGAGCUGUCUGAACUUUUCAUUGUAUGUUAUAUUUGUUGAUAAUGGGUGUAUGUUUAGUCAUGGCAACCCUGCAUUAAACGAUGAACAGUGUUUAAACUGUCUCGAUGUUGGAGGGUUUAGAAGUCCGGUCCACUUUGUUACUCUGAGGAUGUUACUCAGCGUGACGGAGCAGAGUGUUAGUGUGUGAGGCCAUGGGGUAGAAUAAAGGCCUGAUGUGUCAGACAUUUUAAUGGUACUUAACACGCACAUGAACACACACACACACAUACGCCUUUAACGGCUCUGCUGAGUCUGCAUGGCUCCACACUGAGGCUCGGGCAUAUGCGUGUGACAGGAAGUGGUGAGGUCGUGAUAAGCAGCCCGCCGCCACAGGUUCAGGGGUGAUAGGUUGGAGGGUGGGUGACACGGCAGCAUGGCUUGUUAUGAUUGGACAAGGACCCAUCCUGUUGGGGAACAAGCUGGGUUAUUUCCCAUGACGGCUCGGGCGAUUCCCAUUGCUAUGACUUCUCAUCACGACCUCUAAUUAUAUCACGGUGUGUAAUAAUGUACUGACUAAUACACACACUGGGCUGUAUGUGCUGCAGUAUGAUGUCAUCUGUCAGUCAAAGGUCAGCAGUGGUCAAGGUCAGGAAAUGUCAGCCUGUAGGAGCAGAGAGAGUCUUUGUGUGAGUCCCUCGCUCUUUAUGAGACGCUCUUUGUUACAAAGAGUGUAGGACGGAUGUUUUUAGAGAUAACCACAGAAGAAGAGAGCGGGGACGUACAUUACUUUAAUGCAUUUACCCUCAGGACCUUCCUGUACAAAAGCAUCAUGUAUUAUAUUUAAUGUUAGUUAUUAAUGUGUUUCUGGGCCCCACUUAGAAGAGGGGGAGUAAGGAACCCUGAGGAGGAGCUUAGAGAGGAAAAACUGCUGAGUCUGCCAAUGACGUUUCCAUGGCUCCACUUCCCCACCCUCCACGUCUCUGUCUUCCUGUUUAACACAUGAUGUCAUGACCAUCUCAGGAAGGGACUUUUCAUUCUCUCUGUUUGUCUGCCGCUUUCUUGUCGCAAGGCUGAGCUCAGAGCUGAUGUAAACUUAAAGUUCACCCUCUCACACUUGAACAGAGGAUUACUCUCACCAUGAUGUAAUGUAAUAUGCCCAUUAAUUCUGUCAGCAGCUCACAGCUGCUCCAAAACAGAGUCUAAAAGCAUUUACACUCUGUUUAACUAUGAAAACACUCCAGUGAGUAACACCACUGUUGUCUAAAGGAAUUAACUUAUAUUUGGUGGUAUGACUCUGUUCUCAGAGCCCUCUGCCCUCUCACUUGAGUAUGUAGAGGGGUGAAGUUUGAGGCUGGGUGGGCACACUUCCCCUUUGUAUGUGUAUACAUGUCAUCUCAAUAAUGUAAUGAAAUUAAAAUAUUUGCUGCAAAAUCAUUGAAAAACCUGCUCUAUACACACCCCCCACUUUUACUUUAAUGUAGGAUUCUUGCUUGAUGUUGUAUUUACUGCACUUUUGUAUUAAUGUGAAAGCUUGAGGCAGGGAGAGCAGCAGCAAAGACACUAGGCUUCUGUUAAGAGAGUUCUCUGCACUUACAUAUGCAUAUCUGGGAUGCUAAAUCCUAAGAUGGGGAAAGCACACGUCUUCUCUGUGUCUUACAUGAAAAGCUGAGGCAGGAAGUGCAGCAGCAAAAUUAGAUUUUCUAACAUAUUGAAAAACAAAUAUCCAGUGCAGUCUCAGAGCUGCAGAAGAGAAAAACACUGGUCCCUGAAAGCAUCUACUCACUUGUCUCCGGCCCCUUGUUUCAUACAUAAAAAGACAAAGCAGGCAGAGCAGCAGGAAGUUUAAUAUGUGCUUACAUUUGAUUGUUUCAUCAUAAAAAAACAAUCCCUGAGCUGAAACACAGGCACACAGUGGGAAUGUGUUGGAUGUUUCCACCUGUGCUGCAGGCUGAGCAGCAGCAAAUUUAACCUGUGAUGUUUAGCCGUUAUGUUUACAUUUUAGCUGAAACACAGACACAGUGGUAAUUUGAAGCAUGUUUUUCACCUGGGCCUCUUUCUCUGUUUCCUCCAGGUGUUCUACGUGUCGGACCUUUUCAAACCACGAGUGAAGCCAGCCACACCCCCGCCCUCCCCCAUCAAGAAGGAGCUGCUUCCCUCAUCGGAAAUCAUCGAGAGGAACAACCACCACAACAUGGUGUGAGACAGAGGGACAGAGGCGCCACUUCUUCCUGUGACUGAGCAGCCAAUCACAGUGCGGCUCACCUCCCAUCAGACAGUAGAAUGUAGCGACUGACGAGAGACUGAAGCUGUCUCUCAAACUGCAUCCUCCCCCCCCCCUGAGGAGGGUGUGGGGUUUGAGACCUGCACAGCAGAGUCCACUCUCAAUAUCCAGACUUCUUAUUUACUACUUUGUAAACUACUAAUCCACCAUGAGCCCAACACUCUGAGCACAAACACACAGAAUCAGAAGCUAAAGACAAAAUAAAUGUAUGACCUGACAGGCAGAGCUAAGGGGUAGGAGGUUUGACCACCCACAUGAAGAAGAAAAAGAAGAAGAAGAAAUGAAGAGACAGAAAAAGAAACAAAAAGACUGACCCCUGCUGAGGGAGAGAGGACGAUCCUCUCUGAACUCUGUGGCCUUGGAUCUCUGAAGGACAACAACUUCCUCUGCUUCGGGAAGGAGAUUACUGCAGUAACACGCAGCGUAGAAAUAUUUACAGUAUAGAAAUAUAACUUAUAGCACUGUUUUUAACUUCUUUGUCCAUUAUCACCACUCGCUGCUUCAGACGUUACACUGCGGGACAGCUCGAUGAUGCCUACAGGAGACAGAGUCCAACAAUCCUGCAGCAGUUCAAAACCCUGCUGGUGUGUUCAGACCAAACAUGAAGCAGAUACAGUCUUCGUUUCACAUGAACCAGAAUAAUACAGGUUUAUUCAUACGGGUUAAACACAAACAAAAUUUGGCCUGUCUGACAUCAUCCUGAGUCUCUCUCAGAUAGGCUUAUGUCUUUCUGCUCCAUAACCUGUGUCUGAAUGACUUUAAUAUGCCAGUCAGAUUUGUCAUCUGAACCCCUGAAUUUGUAAUUUUCUCAGGAACUCAGAUUAACCUGGAGCAUGAUAUCCCAGGUGGCUGCUCCCUUCAACUUUUAUCCAAAUUCAUUAGCAAUUUGGUGUGGUUCAACAAAUCUAUUUUAUGAAUAGAUUUUGGCUAGAUCUUUUGUUGACGCUCCCACUGGAGUCUUUGAUACCCUGGUACCCUCUGAUACACUUCUGCCUUGAUUCAAUUUGACCAGUCUUUUUUUUCUAGUAUUUCGAGUGGCUCAUCCAGCCCUAUCAUCACAGUAUUGCCUUCGUUGACAAACACUUUGAAGGAGGAUCUGCUCAGCUUUAGUCUGAACUCACCUGAAAGAUGAUGCACAGAUGGGAAAGGUGUCAGAGCAGGUAUUCAGGUGUUUCUGUGUGGCCUCAGUGAGUGUCCUCUCACACUUCUCUGUCUCCUCGUCAGCUCAUCAGCUCUCUGCAGUGCACUCUGAGUGCAGCCCAAACCCGGGGCGUUGCAUUUGUUAAAGGGGUAGAUGUAGUGGGGUGGGGGUUUUUGGGGAGGGCGGGGGUUACCUGUGGAGAGGGAGGGGCAGACCUCACAACCCACAGCACCUGAGUGAGAGGCGUGGCUGUGCCAUGUCCUCUUCUGGUGUUAGUGCCACCUGCCAGGCUUUCUGAAUGGGAAGUGGGCGGGGUCAGAUGGGGGUGUGGCCUGUCACUCAGGAAAGAGGGUAAAGAUUUACCGCCAAGCUGGCACAUUAUGUUGGGAUGAUGUGAGCUCUUUCUGCAGGCAGGGGGGGUUCACAGCCACCCAGUCACUCAAUGGAGACUCAAAGUGUGUCAGUGUGUGUUUGUGUUUGUGUGUGUCCUGUAUGAUUGUGUUUGUUCAUAUACAUCGUGUGUGAACAUGUGUUUUCAUAUGUAUGAAUACACACUGUGCCCUGUGAAAAAGGAACUCCCUCAUUACAAACUGUGUGUCUGUCAGCUGUGCCAAUGUAUGUGUGUGUGUGGAUAUUCUCUAACCUGUGGAUCUCUCUCACCUAUGUUUGUGUGUGUAUCUCUGACUUGUAUGUGUGUAUUUGUGUGUAUCUUUCACCUGUGUGAGUGUGUAUUGUAGAAGUAACAGCUGUUCCAACUCUCUCUCUCUCCCUCUCUCCUCCAUUGUCACUCGGCCAUGUUGCACAUCUUUUCUCCUCGUAUAGUCCGUCCUCUCAUUUCACUCAGCGUUUUCACUCUCUUUUUAUAAAUAUAUAAAUAUGUAUAGAUCACUAAAGUAAACUGUGUAAGAUAUUGUGAUAUUAACAUGUUUAGGUAUAUCCACUCUGAUACAGACCUGUGUUCUUAUAAAAAUGCUGCUUUUAAAGCAUCCUUUGACAGAUUUUUGUAUCUAGAAAACUAAACUAUUGUAGAUGGUAAUAGUUACGUUUGUUAUAUGCAUUCAAAAAUAAAGAUUCAUAUACAGUUGUAUUAAGAUUCAAUAUUAGUAUUUUUGUAUUGUCUUGUUUUUUGUACAAAGAUAUAGUUGCAAUGCUGUUUUUUCUGCUAAAUGUACCUAGCUCUAAUACAUGUGCUUUAAAUAAAAAGAUAAAUAUAAAGACGGC